AUGGGGGCGGGGGGGACCUUCCCCACCACAGCCAGGGCCAGCGUGACCUGGGCCCGUCUGCUCUGUCUCCCAGUGGCAGCCAGCAAGCCCGUGGUCAGGGCCAGCCAGCCGGGGCUGACCUUCCCGGCCGGAGCCAGCACCAGCCUGACCUGUGUGGCCAGCGGGUCCCCCCCCAUCAGCUACCGCUGGUUCCGGGGUGCCCCGGGGGGGACAGCCCUGCUGCUGAGCAGCCAGGCCGAGCUGGCCUGGGACAGCCUGCAGCCCUCCGACACCGGCGAGUACUACUGCGAGGCGGAGAACAGGGUCGGGGCCGGGGCCGUGCAGCGCAGCGACGCCGUCGAGCUGACGGUCAGAGAUCUGCCCACAACAACAGUGGCCCCUUGGCGGGAUGUGGGGACCUCAGAGAGACACCACCCAACCACAGAUCUGCCCAUAACAGUAGCAACUUCUGAGACUGGUGUGGGAUAUCCAGAAAAGAACUAUACGACUCAGAAUCUCCAGAGGACUCACCUGCCCCUGUAUGUGGUCGUCCUGAUUGCUGUGGCUUGUGGUGCUGUGGUUUUCCUUAUCGUCUUUCUUAUCAUCUGCAUUAGAAAGCCCAAAGAUGCUCAAGUCUAUGAAGUAAAAUUCCAUAACUCAAGAGCAGCUUCUUCAAGGUGUGAAAGUACUGGUCAUUAUGAGGAACCCAUCUCCAUCACUGAAAACAACUAUGUGAUGGAGCCUGUGAAAAACAAAAGCUCUGAAGAAAUAAAUACGAAAAAGGAUGAAUGUGAGUGUGUUGGAAACACCCAGGAAUCUGUGUAUGAAGUAGGGGACACUGUAUGACAGCCAACACUGCUCUAAGGUAGCAGUCCUGAAGAGUACCUUCAUCCAGGCAAUAUUUAUUUUCCUAUUCACCUUUGCCUCUGAAAAAAUAGGUUGGGCAAGCAGUUUUUGCUCCUCCACAAUUUGUGGAGCCUUAAUGUCUGCAGUGAAAAUGCAAACCUCUGUAGGAACUUCAGUUCCAGGCUGCUGUAUAGAUCUUCUGGUUUGGCUUUUCCUGGUUCCCUUUCCCCACCUCUGUAGCAGAAAGCCCUUUCUAAUCUGGUGUGCAGACCCCAGGCCAAGAGCACGGUACCAAACCUCCUGCUUUCGAGGGCCAAAACGAUCUGCGGUCACAGCCUUCGUGUGGCGGGAGCAGGGCCAGCGCCAAGGGCUGCUCAGCAUCCCCCUCGCCUCUGGCAAGCAGCGCGGCCGAGCCAGGGCUGGGAACCCGCCUGAAGGGCUGCGCAGGUGGUAGAGUGUCCCUUAAAUGCCCUUAAAGAAACUGAAAGACAGGUUAAAGCCAGGAUACAGCCAAGAACUUUACCACACCAGCAGUACAAAAAGAAGAAACGUCCCGUGCACCCGCCGUGCUGCGCUCGAGGCGCCCUCCUGCAGCGGCUUCUAGUUCUGGCACUGGAGAGCUCGGGCGAUUUUGGCACUGCAACAAGGCACAUUCUUCCUGAGUUCACCUGCUCUAUUGUCUCUUUUAAUGCAUGUUUAAUAUUGGAAAAAAAAAUAGAUACUUUUCGUUAAGUUUGUGGAUAGGAUUGCUUACACGUGCCUAAAUUAUUUUGAUAUAUUUUUGCAUGACCGAUUCAUCUUUAAACCACUAGCAAGCACUCGCAGCUACGGCUCCUCAGCAGAUACUCAAGAAGUCGUUUCCUCCUGCCUUAGAAGGCCUGAAGGCCAAGUAGGGAGCCGAAAAGCUUUGUUAUUCAUAAUUUCUACUACCCUGAGUAAAUCUAUAGCAUGGAUACUGCAGAGGUGUGGAAGAACCUUUUUACAACGCGGGGUAGGGCACUGCCGUGUCCAGUCGGGAGCCACGCGGACAGGUGUAAAACAAAAUGGGGGGUCUGAGGGGUGAGGGGGGUAUCAGCGGCACGGAUACAGGAUUAGUGGGCCCCCAGAUUUGCUGUUCACACUCAGGAAAGACCUGCACCUGCAGUUCUCUGCAAGCAUCAGCUCAGAAGUCACAGCAAUCAAAAAGGGCAUUUGGUGUCAUUAGGAAAGUCACUACAGUGCAAUAGAGAACAGGCUUGUGGUCCUGUAAACACCCUGGAAUGUUCCACCUUGUGUAUGUGUGUAGUUCUCCUCUCAAAAGGGUGUAACAGAGCUAGGAAAGUGACUGAGAACGAUAACAAAGGAUGAUUAGUGGCAUGAAACCACUUCUGUGCAAAUGCAUUAUACUUUCUCAGCUUGGAAAAAAGGGAAUAAGGCAAAAUGAGUGAAGUGUACCAGUGUGGAGAGGAUGAACAGAGACUAAUUGUUUACAAAUUGUCUGGAAAGGAAGCAGACAGCUAAAAUUAUCUGUUAGUACUUUUAAAGGGAGAGGAAAAGUGUUUCUUUUACGCAAUACAGAAAUAAGCGUGGAAUGAAAUGCUAUUCGUCCAGUGUUAUAAAAAUCCAAAAUACACAGAGGUUCAAUGAGAAAUUAGAGGAAUGAAUGACAUAAAAGUUCAUCAAAAUUCACAGACUGCCAGGCUCACUUUACCUUACCUUACACAUAAGUUCUCUGUCAGUGACCUUAUACUAGCUCCCUCAAUUUCCUAUACCACUAGUUUUAUUUCUCUUCAUUAAGAAUGUACUGAAAAAUCAAGGGCUGGGAAACCUUGAUUUCAAAGUGGAAAGGGGACAAACAGCAGAUUUUGUUGGUGAUGGUGUCUUGGAAAAAAUUGUCAACAUGUACAUGCAGCUUAUUGCAAAUGUGGAGAAGCAAACAAAAAUCAUUAAA